ACACCCCAAUACACUUGAAAUAAUAGUAAGACCAUUUGCAAAUAAAGUAUACUUUUGAGUACAAUGAACUAAAAUAAUUGGGGAACCAGCGAUUGUUACCCUUAAUGCUAUUAUUUGCGUUGAGUUAAAUAAAUUAACAAUCGUCUGAUAACGUAGAUCUUGUUUGCGCGCAAUUUAAAUCUUUAUUGCGCGCGGAGCAUUAAACAUGUUAAAAUGUCUUUAGUCACAACAAUUAUUUUAAUCACAUUAAGCUGCAAUUAUAACGAUAAUGAAAGUGUAGGUGAAUGCCAUGGGUAUGGUGGUAGGCUGUAUCAUCUGCGGAACCGAAACGUAGUCUGUGUCCAGGUUAAUGGAUAUCUCUCGGGUUUGAACCUGAGAGAGGCACCUAAUAUCAAGAUAAUUAAAACGGAUCAGUCAUUCACCUGCCGACAGAUUCAUAACAACAUGAACAGUAUACAACUAUACACCCCCAAGGACACAUUAUUAUGUGCGCCCUUUAUGACAACGACAACGGAAGCACCAACAACAACGCAGGCACCAACGACAACACAGGCACAAUCAGCAACUGAGGCAUUUAGUAAGACCUCAAGCACCACAACUCUGCCUCCUACAAGCUUUGUAUCAUCUGAUAUCAUCACGGAAGUGGUUUUUAUAGCUAUUGGUAUAGCUUUAGUGGUAGGGUUUUUAAUAGUUGUGGUAGUUGUGGUAGUUCGCCCCUCAAGAAGAAUAAGAAGCAGAAAUGAGAACAUAGAGAUGUUCCCACUACCAUCCUACCCACCGCCGAGGCCACCACCACCGUCGAGAUCACCACCGCCACCACCACCACCGCCGCCGCCGCCACCACCAGCGCCAACACCACCACCACCACCGCCGCCGCCGCCACCACCAGCGCCAACACCACCACCGCCGCCACCACCGCCACCACCACCAGCGCCAACACCACCAGCGCCAACACCACCGCCACCAGCGCCGCCACCACCACCACCACCAGCGCCAACACCGCCACCACCACCGCCACCACCGCCACCACCACCGCCACCACCACCGCCACCACCACCAUCAUCACUAAGACGAUCACUAAGACCUACAAAGAUUGUUACAAAAUUGAACUUGUAAUAAUCUUUGCAGGUCAUCUGGACUGUCUUAGUGAUGAUGAUGGUGGCAGUAAAGAAAUGUUUUAUUUUGUUGUUGUUGUUGUUGUUUUUUUUUUUCCAGUUGUGAUUUAUAAAUGUUUUUUCCAGUUGUGAUUUACAAAUGUUUAUUAUUUUAUUGUUUCAGUAGUAAUUUAGAAAUAGUUAUUUUGUUUGUGAUGUUUUAAUAUUUGUAAUGUUUUAUUAUUAUGUUUUGUAUUGUUUUACUAUACUUCUUACAUUCAUGUUUUUUCAAAGUUUUAUAAAUGAUAAAUAUUUAUAUAUGUAUCUUAAUUGUUUUACAUGUUUUGUUGUUUUAAUAAAUAAAGUUUUGGAGGGAAAA